AUUAAUUAAUUGUAAAUAAAACAAAAUAAGAGCUUAUACAACUCAAAUGAGAUUGCACCUAGCUACCUAGCUAGAGAAACAACAUUAACAUUUCCACUACUAUAAAAACAAAAAUAACUGAAAAGGGGAAAACCGUGUUUGACAAGUAAAAUAUGGGGAAGCAAAAGAACGCGGAAAAUACGUACGGCGGCGCCACCACUGCGCUUCCAAUUCCGCCGCUCCUCCGAACCCUAAUUUCAUCCCUUUUCAACACCUCCGACAAAAACUCAUUCCUUUCAUUCUCUCUCAACUACAAACUAUUCCAAACUCUCCGUUUCAUAAUCCUCAGUUCUUACCUUUUUCUCCUUCGUUUCAUUCCUUCUUUUUUCUUCAGUGAAAAAUACGAAGAAUCCGUCAAAUUCAACCUCAAAACGCAUAAUAAAUUCACACACGAUACACGAAACGACACCGCAAUUGGACGCGCACUUUCUCAGCUUCUUUCCGCGUUAAACGAUAUUCCAGUUAGUUCAAGAAAGUAUGAAGUUGUUCGAUCGUUAACGGAGAAGAUUAUCGAUGAUAAUCAUCUCGACGGUGUUCAUUCGUUGCGUGAGGUUAAUCGUGUUGCGCUCUCAUCGGCGUUUGGGAGAGCGUUGAAACUGUUGGAAGGGAAGGUGGCGGAAAGAGAAGGGGAAGUUGAAGGUGAAGGAGAUGGUGGGGGGGAGUAUUAUAGGAUGAUGAGGCGGAGGAUAUGGAAGGUGGUUAGGGCGGUGGGAUGGAGGGUUAGAGGAGGAGAGGGAGGUUUGGGUGGUAUUCCGGCGGAGAAAUUGGCGGCGGAAUUGGUUUGGAUGGUUAAGAAGAUGGUGGAGUGUGGUUGCGCCGAUGAAGCUAUUCGUCGAUGGGCGGCAGCGUCCAAUUUGGGCUUCCUGGCUCUUUCUGCUGACCCUCGUUUGCAGUCUUCCUUAGUCAAACUUGCAGCAUUCCUGUUCAAAGAAGCCAAAGACUUGGGCAUAGAUGAAAUUGAGGAAAGCAAGAUAAAGCAAUGCAUGCAGGUAAAGUUAAAGAUGUUACAGACAUGGCUGCCAUUGUUGUGCAGGGCCAGUAAUGGCACAGAUGCCCCAUCAUUGAGUAUUAAUGAGAGGGCUGGGUUAGAGAGGGUGUUAGAAGACAUUAUAGAGGAAUUGGAACAAGAGAAGCAGGAACAAGUUCUUUCUCUUUGGCUCCACCAUUUUACACAUUGCUCAUCCUCUGACUGGCCAAACCUCCAUUCAUGUUAUGCUCGCUGGUGCUGUAAAUCUCGCAAGCAGUUGCUACUUUUGAAUGAAAAUUGAUAUUUAUACACUUGGCUAUAUAUUCAUGUAGAAGCAAAAUUACAAUUAUCCAACCACAGCUCUAAUAGUUUUCAAAAAUGUAAAAAAUGUUAAACCGAGAGACAAGUAUUAUUAAACCGUUAUACCAUUGAUAAAUUUGGCAAGUGUAGUUUAUGGAGCUUGAAUCUUGAUCCACCAUGUUGUUUGUAAUGCACGUUUAUUAUUGUUGAUGUGCUCUCCCUAUCUAUAAGGGGUACAAUUUCUCUUUUACUUGAAUCAGAUAACAAUUCUAAGGA